AUGAGUCUCUUCCGUGGGGAGAGCGAGCCUCUGCUAAUACCCACACCCGCAAAUGUGGUCAACUUCUGUCCAAACGACCCAGAUAAUCCUCACAACUGGUCAAAUAUUCGAAAAUGGCUCAUGAUAGCAGCCAUCAUACCCAUAGAUCUCAGUGUCUCCUGGGGUGCAAGUGGUUUUAGCCCUGUAGCAGGCGACUUUGCCAAAGAUGUUGGUGUCUCACCGCAAGUGGCCGUCCUGGGGCUCAGUAUGUACAUUCUCGGCCUAGCCUUUGGUCCUAUGACGCUCGCACCUCUUUCUGAGUACUAUGGACGACGACCCGUCUAUAUUGUAUCUUAUGGCAUAUUCUUAUUGCUGCUACUUGGAACAGCGUAUGUGGAGAGCCUAGGCCCUUUUCUCGUCCUGCGCGCCUUCUCUGGCUACUUUGCUUCGACAACGAUAUCUAACUUUGGAGGGACCAUCGCGGACUUAUACCACCAUCAUGAAACCGGUACAGCCAUGUCGUGGUUCUUGUGGGCAGCUACCGGCGGAUCUCCCACGGGCUUUGUCCUCUUCUCGUUCAUCGCUCACGGACGAUCAUGGCAUGGCGUGUUCCUCGUCAUGUUCUUCAUUUGCUUCGCCUUCUGGAUCGUCAUGGUUGUUGCAUUGUAUGCCAUUGGAGAGACAAGGCAUAGCGUGAUACUCCUUCGCCGAGCAAGAGCAUUGCGUAAAGCGACUGGCAAUGAAGAGCUUGAAGUACCAGAUGAAAUCAAGCAGCGGGAAACAGCGCAACUCUUCGGACAAGCACUUGCACGACCGUUUCGCUUCCUGUCGGGAGAAGCCAUUGUUCAGUUUGGUGCUCUGUACAACGGCUUCUUAUACGGACUUUCGUUCCUGUUCAACGGAGCUUUCCACAUGAUCUUUGGUCCUCAAGGGUACGGUUUCGACACCAUAGGCGUUGGCAUAUCCUUCCUUGGUAUUGUUUUGGGUAUUAGUCUAGGGCUUCUGACCAAUGUUUUCCAGGAGAGGCACUACCAACACCAGGUUACUAAAGCUGGAGGUCGCGACGUCCCAGAAGCACGUGUUCAUUGCGCGAAGUUUGCCGCUGUGGUAUUGCCAGUGUCUCUUCUAUGUUUUGCUUUCACAGCGACGCCGAGUAUUCACCCAAUUUUCCCGAUACUGGCAUCUUUCUUUUGGGGUUGGAGUUUCUACACACUCAUUCUCAUGACCUUGACAUAUACAGAAGAUGCCUACAAGACAUACUCGGCCUCUGCUCUCGCAGGAAUAGGACUGGUAAGAAAUUUAGCUGGCGCUGGCUUUCCGCUUGUCGGCAGAAGUCUAUUCGUCAACAUCGGGACGCGGAGUGCAAGUCUCGUCUUGAUGGCCAUAGCUAUCUGCCUUAUGCCUAUUCCAUUUGUGCUGGAGAAACGGGGAGUAUCGUUGCGCAAAAGAAGCCCGUGGGCCGCAGCGCAUGAGGAAGAAGAUGAGACCGAUUGA